AUGUCGCGCGAGAGACAGGAGGUAGUCAAUCCUGGUGCGGGGACGUUCUACGUUUACGGACAGCUAUUUUCCAUGACUUCUGGUCUAGAUAGCUUGACUUCUCCUGGUACGAGCCAUCAUAACCUCCCGGAGACAUGGGAAGAUGUGAAAGAUAGAACAGAAGAGGUUGUAGUAACUUCUUCACCUGACUGGUUGCUUGAAUCCGGUAUUGGAGAAUAUACUUUUGUUCCAUCUUCUUCUGGUGGAAUAUUGGGAAAAGGAAAAUUCAGUACUGUCUAUAAAGUCUUAUCUUCCAAUGGACAAAACUAUGCACUCAAACAUACACCUUUACAUCCCCAUCAUCCCCUCAUAGCGGCUCGACUCCUACGUGAACCUACUUUACUAGGUCAACUCCCUCCUCAUCCUUGUCUUAUCGGAGUAGAAAGUUGGAUCAGAACGCCUACUCAUUUUUACCUGCUCGAGGAAUUUCCUGUUGGAUAUGUAGCUCUGAAUGAACAUCCACCACUUUUAAAACCUUCACGUGCGGCGUAUAUAUUGGAUCAAUUGGUCAGUGUUGUCAGGGAUUGUCUUCAUGAGAAAGGGAGAGUUUGUCAUCGAGAUUUGAAAGGUGAGAAUGUUUUGGUGAAUCCAUCCAAUGGGGAUAUUGUCAUUCUUGACCUUGGAUUAGCCACACAUUUCACAAAGAAUGAACCAAAGUUGACUACAUGUUGUGGAAGUCCAGCAUUUCAUAGUCCGGAAAUUGUCAAUGCUCUCAAUCAUCCACCGGGGGUAGUGACAUAUUUCGGAACUCUGAUUGAAGGUUCUGACACUAAAACCAGACCCGAGAUUGAUAUCUGGUGUAUAGCUCUCACCAUUCUAUCUUCCCUUCUUCAAACCCGUUUUCCCAUUGGAACCUCACACAAAUCUCUUUCCGUGAUGAACCAUCGUAUCAAAGACCGACUCCGAGAAUUAGACCAUAUAUAUCCCCCUUCAUCUCCAUGGCAAAUCUUACCUCCUCAUGUGAUAACUUCACUCUCCGACACUCAAAGAGAAUUCGAAAUAUCUGAAUGGAGACGUGUACGUUCCGCUCUGGAAGAUUUCUUAUCGAUCGAUUCGAAAUUACGAAUGAAGGCUUUUGAAAGGUACGACGUUGGCUUUGUAGUCCAAGAAAAGAUUAGGGAGUUCGAAUGGAAAAAGAAGGAUGGAUCAUUUAAAGAGAUUAGUUUUUUACCUUCUUCACCUAAAUAUUCUCUUUCUCUUCCAUUCAUUCCAUCCACAGUCAAAGUCAAAGAUGUAAAGGAUGCACCGGUCAAGGAGAAAGUACACCAUUUUCAUUGGGGAUGGCAUCAUUCACCAGACGAUACGGAAAGAGAUGGGAAAGACGAAAAAGAGGGGAAGGAAGAUAUGUCAAAAGAAGAACCAUUGAUACUUGUAAAUGAAGAAAACCAUUCUGAAAAACGUAUUUUAGGUUAUAUCAAAUACCUAUUCAGAUCAUCUGGAAUACUCUAUCAUACCCUUCCUACAUCUUCUCUAUCAAAUCCGAUCUUACAAUUAGUAUUACCGCUUCCCAAAACUCCUCUUCCAUCAUUACCCUCACCAUCUCCUAAUCUCCCGUCGACAGAUUCAAGGGGACCGAAUUGGAUAUCUUCUUUAUCCCAUUUAUGGUCAAACAAUCAUUCAAGACGUGCUAUAUCCGUACCACCUAAAUCAACACGUCUGUCUCAACCUCUCCCAAAUCAAUAUAGUAAUUCAAAAGCUCGAUACCAAACGAAAGAAGAAGAUUUAUCUUCACUUAUCAAUGUCCCAAAUAGAAAUGAUGUUUUGAGUAAGAACAUGGGGAUCAGAAGUGUAAGUAAAGAAAGAUGGUUAAAAUGUUGGUUACGUUUUGAUUUUUUAAAUUUUCAAUCAAUUUCUAAAAGACGUACUCAAUCACGUCCUAGGAUAUCAAGAUUAUCUACUGUUCAAACUUUCACUUCCAUAGAUGAAACUACAGAAGGACAAUUACCAUCUACUUCGACGUCAAGUUCCAAUACGAGUAGAGCGUCUUCGACAUCACGUGCUGAAUCCGGAACGAAAAGUCGGGUUGUUUUGACUUUAUCAGAUCCGAGGGGUUAUAUAACUUUGAGAAAUGUCGUAAAUGUCACCCCGGUCUCAUCUGGGAGGAAGGAGGAUGGAGUGGGGUUGUUGGAAUUGGGUAGAGAAGGAAGACCAUUGAUGAGAAGUACGAAGAGUGAGAGAUACAUGUCUCCAUUGAGAGUGACAGAAUCAAGAAGAAGUGAAGCAUCUUUGACCCCCUUGCUCGUCUCGGCUUCUAUGGAGAAGAACAUGUCGACUUUGGAGGUUUCUUCACCUACCGCCAGAAAUGUACAGCGGGGAAGACCAAGGAGUCGUUGGAGUGGGGAAGAAGGCAAGGGCGAAGAUAGCAGUUCGGGAAUUGGUGGCGGGGGAAUUGCCCCUGAAACAAGUGGGCCUGCAUGGUCACGUUAUUACGGAGGAAGAGAGAAGAGUCAGAGAGAAAGAUGA